UCUGGAAUGAACACCAACUAUGUAAAAGGAUGCCUCUUCAUGCUGUUUGUCAUUCUCAGCUUUGUAGGUACCUCAUUGAUAAUAAAACUAUCUUUCUCUUCAAAUGAUGAAGAGGAAGCUGCAAGUUUUAACAAGCCAUUAUUCACUUCUUACACCGCAUGUGCUUCAUUUUCGCUCUACUCGAUCAGGAUCAUUUACGAAUUCAUUUUUAGAAGUAAAUGUAGAUGGAAAGAUAUGAGCAGGAGAGAGAUGACCAAAGUUGAGCUCAAAACAGCCCUACUGUGCUUUCCCAUCUUCUUUGGCUCUAUAACUUUAUACUACUUCAGUCUAUCGUUGACGACGUAUAGCUCCACGAUGAUCCUGGGAAACAUCUCUUCAGUAUUUGUGUUUAUUUUUGCAAUUCUCAUUCUUGGCCAUGCCUUCUGAUUCAUUAAGUGUGGUGCAACAAUUACUUGAGUUGUUGGAGUACUCAUAAUUGCAUUAUCAGAUAAAGAAGACUUUCAAGCAGCAAAUCCAAUCCUUGGAGACCUGUUAGCUGUAUGCAGUUCUCUGACGCUUGGACUUUAUUCUACGCUACUGGCGAAGUUAGUCCCUCCAAAGAUUGAGAAUGAAGUGUCAUUUUCAAAUAUCUUAGCAUUUAUUGGUCUGUUAUGUCUGUUAACAUUAUGGCCACUAUUGAUAAUCUUCCAUUUCUCCGGACUAGAGCCAUUUGAGCUACCUAAAGGGAUUACAAUAGCCUACCUAAUUAUUAAUAUUAUCUUUGGAACUCUUCUUUUUGACUAUUGAUGGGGAAGAGCGAUUCUGUUGAUUGGUCCGCUUGUGUCAAACACAUCAGUCCUCCUGGUGGUUCCACUAAGUAUCAUAAUAGACAAUUUAUUCAUAAAAUCUAGCUUCAGCUGGCAGUAUUACCUCGGAACCAUAUUUAUAGUUGUAGGAUUCCUUAUUAGUGCUUACAUGAAUUAUCUUGAUUCACAAAAUAUACAGGAUGAAGAUUCACAUGACUCCUUAACUUCUCCAUUGAAUAGGAAGCACACUGGGAAGUUUGGGCAGAGUGAUGAAAUAGAAUCUGGGUCUGACAACUCAGCUCACUCCAGUGACUAAGAUCUUCAAGAUUCAAAUAAAAGAGAUACGAGAUUUAGCUAAUUUUUAUAUUAAACAAACUGUUCGUC